AUGGAUUCAUCUUCGACCGAUCCAUAUUGUAAUGGUUGCAAAAAAUUUAAACCUAUUAAUGAAUUCAUAGGAAAUGAUAAAAAUAAUAUACCUACUAAAUUUCUAACUUGCAAUUGUUGUCGUCAAAAAUCUUCUAACAAAUGGAAAAGAUCUAUAACAACCGAUGAUACUCUAUUUAAUGACGAGUUAGAAAUUGUUGAAUUGGAUUUUUUAAGUGAAA